UGUGCAACAAGUGCAUAAAGUCUAUCACAAAACAGUGUGUUUACAAUACCUACCGUCUUGUCCGUUUGUUGUGUUAGACAAGUAUGGCAAGCAAUACAGUUGCCACAAUCUUAGACCGGAUCGUUACAUUGGUGUAACACUUUGGGGAAAAACAGAAAUGAUCAUGCCAGAAGUCGUGAACGUUUCCAGUAUUGACGAAGUGAGCUCUUGGAACGUUUCUGACAUUGUAACGGACAUUUCGUGCCAAAUGAAACCAUACGAGGAAACACUUGGCUCGGUUGUGUUCAAAUCCAUAGCCUUUGCGAUAGGUAUGCUCGUCAUAGUCACUGCGCUCGUCGGCAACGGUCUGGUUUGCAUUGUGAUCACAUCUUCCACACAAACGAUAUCCGUCAUCAACACGUUAAUCCUGAACAUAGCCAUUAGCGAUAUGAUCAUAUCGUUGUUCUACUUUCCAUACUUGGUAAACGUCAUUUUCAUGAACUACUGGCCUUUUGGCGAAGCUCUUUGCUGUAUUUACACUUAUUUGAAUACGUUAGUCAUUCAGGUCAGUACCUACACAAUGGUCGCCAUCAGUAUAAACAGGUACGUGGCAGUUAUGUGGCCUUUGAAGACGCGAGCGAGCAAGCACAACGUCAAGUCGAUAAUCUAUUUGGUUUGGACAUUGUCGGCGGUUACCUCGUUCCCGUAUCUGAUCGCUAACGGAUUGCAACAACCGUUUGUUUGGUAUAAGAAAUGCGACUUGUACAUUUGUAAUGCGACUUUUUCGAACAGAAAACUUAAGAAGUUGUACAUCGACACAUUGGGCGUGCUGCACACUUGUAUACCGACGGCGGUGCUUUUGUUCACAUACAUCAGCAUUGGAGUGGUUCUGUGGCGUCAAACGACUCCCGGCGAAGCACAGAACUUAAGAGACCUGACAAUAGUGAGAUCGAAAAUAAAAAUGACGAAAAUUAUGCUUAUCGUUGUGUUGGCAUUCAUAAUUUGUUGGUUGCCGUUCAGCAUUCUGUUCAAUACUACGCCGUACGAACCGAUAGUUUCGAUGAACACGUGGGAUCACAGAGCUCCUUUUUGCUUCAUGCUGUACUGGCUGGGCAUGUCGCAUACUUGUCACAAUCCUAUUAUCUAUUGUUGUAUGAACAACGAAUUCCGGAAAGAACUCGUGCGCUUGCUGCGAAAAAAUCCAUUGCUCGGAAGGUGCCUUUGUAGGGUAAACACGAGUGCAGCCGAAGCCAUGCCGUUGCAGGCGAAUCAUUGUCAGUCCGACAGGAGUUCAUCGCGAGGACAACCGAGCAGCGUGGCCACUGUUCCUGUGGAUUUACCAUUUCGAGUCUUCUAAAAAAAAUGUUUUGUUUUUGUUUUGUUUAAUUUAAAACAGUGUUUGGAAUAUUCGAUUGGCAUUUCGAAAACCGUCUGUGAUGUUGUAAAAUUGUUGUACACUAUUAAUAUCGAUUCCAGUGAGAUAUAGUUCCUAAGACAAUUAAACAAUCAUCAAAAUAUUAUAAAUAUACAGGUUAAUUAUUUUAUCGUGAACCACUCAAUAUCUCAUAGGGUUUACUAAGAGAUUACAUUUUUUUUUUUCAUAAUGUUUUUAUACAGUAUGAUCUCAAUUUUUCACAAUUUUUUUUUUCGUUUUAACACCCUUCCCAACUUAUAAUAUAUAUUUUUUAAACCCAGUGAGAUAUUGUGUGGCCCACGAUACAAAAUUCACCCUGUGUUUAUUAAAAACGCACGCUUUGGCGGAGUAAUGUAAGAAAUAUCAUAUUUGAAGGGAUCAGUGGAUAAAGGUAUUAAUACUAAAAAGCUUUGGAACUUGUUUGAUGUUCAAUAUAUGGAAUAACUUAUAAGAGGAAAAAUAUAGGUCUAGGGAUGCUCUAUAAUGCUUUUAUUACACUAUAAUAAUUUUAGUCUCAUGCAAUAAAAUGCUUUUUUGAAAAUAUGUCAUUGAACACCUUUAAUCCACUGACCCCUCUUCAUUUGUAAAAAUCCUUUAUUAACUGUGAUAGUCACAGAGAUUAGUGAAGUAUUUAAGUAUUUUGUCGGUGGUCGUGUUAAACUGAUAUUUAUAUAUAUAUUUUUAAUAGAAACCUUCACGACCACAACUGUAGUACUUUAUUACUAUAUUUUAUUUUUAUCAAUCAGACCAUGAACGGCCAAGUUGUAGCCGUUAAUAAUAUUUGAAACAUGCAAAUAAUAAUCACCGAUGUGUAUUUAUAAUAUAUUAUUAUCUACUUAUGAAUAUUGUUUGAUACACAGUCAUUUU